CGCUCCUCGUCGCGGCAUCAUGGAGGGUGCCGCGGCCUCCGCCGAGGGCCUGCGCUACGCCGAGUACGCCCGGGCCCCUACGGGCGCCGGCAAGGGUCAAGCCGAGCUGGACCGGGGGCUGGCCAGGACUAUGAUAGCACUCGGACUUGGCGUUGCAGCUGUUGCAUUUGCAGGUCGUUACGCUUUCCGUGUUUGGAAACCAUUGGAGCAGGCAAUUACAGAAGCAGCAAAGAGGAUUUCAACUUCUAGUCUUUCAUCAUACUAUAAAGGAGGAUUUGAACAGAAAAUGAGUAGGCGAGAAGCAAGUCUUAUUUUAGGUGUAAGUCCAUCUGCUGGCAAGGACAAAAUCAGAACAGCGCAUAGGAAAAUCAUGAUUUUGAAUCAUCCUGAUAAAGGUGGAUCACCUUACUUAGCAACAAAAAUAAAUGAAGCAAAGGACUUGUUGGAAUCCGGUGCCAAAAACUGAAACCUGAACCUUGGCUCAUAGGACAUUCGGCAGAUACAUUGUGCAAUAACUUUCAUGUCUGCUUGUUCUGCACAGUUUCUUAACACUGAUUGUUCAUAUUUAUUGUCAUAAUUAAGAUGUUAAGAUUAUUUAAAAGCAAACUGAAAUCUUUUACAGUUAUGUAAAGUUAUGUACAGUUAUGCCCCUGCAAGGAGCAGGGAGUUGGAGUGAUGAUCCUUAGGGGUUCCUUCCAACUCAAGAUGUUCUAUGGUUCUGUCCCAGUUUUAGUGUAUUCUUACUGAAUUAUAAUCCCUUACAAGCUUGAAAAAGUUCUUUUAACUGUGGUUUUUUCAGAAGUACUUUUUUGUUUCUUUUGUUAAAUUUUGGAUCUUUUAAAAUAAAAAUUUAAAAACAGUCUUUAAUAUAGGGUUGUUUCUUCAUUAGUAAAGAAACAGCCCUAUCUUUAGGGUCACCAUAAAAUCUGUGACAGUGCAGUGAGUCACAGGAAAUAUGACAGACCCCAUUUGGCAAGUUUUCAGCACCACCUUACGCUUGAGUCUGUUCAUUUGUGAAGUAGUGGGGUUUGUUCAUGGGUGCAGUUAGAGAGCUGCAGCUCAGGACAAAAUGACUGAUGGAACAGACAGCAGCUUUCACUAGGUAUGUUUUGGGGCUUGGAGCUAUGAAGGAGGAUUCUUGGAUUUGGUUACUUCUUUUACAUAUUAAAGGAUCUCUGAAGUUGACAGGUAAUUAUUUAGACAUGCUUUUACUUCAAGUCACAGAAUAUGUUUAAUCUCUAGCAGUUGCAGUAAACAUGGGGUUUUCUGCAAGGGUUUUCAUGGCAGUGGAAUUGAAGAAGGUAGGUCCAUGUGGCAUGGUUUAGAUGGAUUUUCCAGGCUGCUGCUUCUCUAGGUUAGCUGAGUUGUGUGAGCCUGUUGUAGAACUGAUACAGCAGGGAACAAACAGGAGUACCUGCUUUGCACAUGGCUCCAGGAGCACUUCCUGGGUUAGUUCUUCAGUAAUGCUCACAUUUCUGCAUUAUGCUUCAUAUCCCAGAGCAUACAUACCUCCCUCUUUUGGAAGCAUCCUAGAAAUCUGACUCUGGGGAGUCCUGAAGUCAUGGAUCCCAGACUUUAGAGAGAACAAGUUUUAAUCGACAGCUCAGGGUAGGUGCUACUUGAGGCACUUGGCUGCUGCAGAUUACUACCACUAAGUUGAACUAAAUCUCCUAAGCACAGACAGUCUAGUGCAUUCAGUGCAAGACUGAAAAAUCUCUAGUGUCCAUUCAAGCUCUAUCAUUAGAGGUACAACAAACAGCUUCUAUCAUUAGAAGUACUACAAAUACAAAAUUUAGAUACUCCAUUUUCUAGGUUAUUUAGCCAGAGGUAAGUGACUAAGAGCAGUUAAUAUGACGUUGGAUGCUUUAAUUAUUUAUUCACCAGAACAUGCAUUUGUAGUUCAUCCAGUGGCAGAUGUUCAGAUUAUGUGGAUUUUUCCUUGCAGGAAGAAAAAGUAUGAUUUUUCUUUUUAUCAGGUUCCUCACACUUUGUUACAAUUCCUUUACUUUCUUUAAAGGGAGAUUAAACAUUUUAAGUUGACCUUAAAAGAAAAUAAAAAUCCUACAUACUUUAGAGACUUUGUUGCAAUUAGAGUGUCAAGACAUAUGGCACAAUUUCACUGGAUAAAGAAGAAAGACUGCUGGGAGAAACCUGUCUGGGAAUAGCAUACACUAUACAAGUACUACAGUUGCAUCGUAUAACUAGUGCUGUAAUCCGAGAAUCUUGAAUGAAAAUAGUUUAUUCCUAUGCAGAGCUUUAACUGGUUCUUGUUAAAGGAGUAGCCAUCAAUUAAUGCACAUUUAGGGUUAGUCAUUCUUUUCACUGGUGUAUCAGUCUGUAUUAGCAAAAAUAGAACCGUGACAGUUUUCAUGUUGGGAGGAGAUAAGUGAAAUGGUGGUGUUCCUAAUUUUCUGAAGUGGAAUCUGUAAGUGAUACUAAUCAUUGUGCAAAAUCAAAAUUGAUGUGAAUGGUAGGUGGUAAAAACAUUCUGCUUAAUGAUUUUGAACUGACUAGCUGUUGCUUUCAUGUAGCUACCUUAUUUUUCCUGAGUAAAAUGUGUUGCAGAGAGCUGUUCUAAAGUAUCAGUUAAAACAAAUGUAUUAAAGAUGGCUUCUUGCUCUGUUCUUAAAAAUGAACUUCCUAUGUCUUUGUAAGAAGUAGAGGGUUUGUUUUUUCUGUGAGAUUCUAUUUUUGAUAAUUUCCUUCCUGAUAUAAUUAUUUAUAUCUGAUUAUUUUGGAUGAAACACUUUUUUCUGCCUUUCAGUUAUAAGUUAUAUUUGUCCUUAACAAACGAAAUAAAACCAGAUUGUGGUUCUGCUUUCUCCAUUUUUUUUCAGAGCAGACUAUUGACUGCUUAACAAAUUUGAUAAAUUAACAAAUUAAAAAAUUCAGCAGAUUAACUGGCUCAUCCUAUCUCUGGAAAAUGCUGUAAAAUGAAUGAAGCUAAUGAGGAGCAGUUGUGAAAGCAUCACACAUACAAUAGCAUAUUUUUUUCUUGUCUGUUUACCUGCACAGCUUGCUUUAUCUACUAAGUGAUGUUUAGAAGGAUGAAUAUAGGACAGGAAAAGGCAAAUCAUGCAAGUGCUGCUCGAUUUGUUGUUGCUGAUAGUCAACAUGGCAGGCUGAGGAAUGUCUUUGGAUACUGCCUUGCAAAACAGCACCUGGAUUGAUGCUCAACUGAGCUAGGAAGAACAGGAUGCUACUAUUCUUUAAAACAUAGUUGGUAAUUUAAUCUUAAAAAUAUUCAGCCUCUUGAGAUUAUUUUCUUUACUUGUCAAAUGGGUGUUUUUGUGUAAGAAAAGUGCAUAGAGGUUGAUUUAUUCUGGCGCAGUUUCUGUCUAUCUGUAGUACAAGCAGACUCAUUUUUCAUGUGUUGUUUUAAUGUUCAGAAAAUGUUCAUCUGUAACUUCUUAGCUUGGGAAUUCCCAGGGUGUUUUUCUACUUGGAUGAUAACCAGUCCUAGAUAUCCUCUACAGCUUCAGAAAUCAGGCAGGACUGAGUGCAUUUAUAUGGCAUUGCUGUGGGUGAUUCCCAGUUUAUUUAAUGGAACAGGAGUUGCUUAUCUGCCUGGUUUUUGCUCUUAGUGUGUGGAAGUUUUACCCAAUAUUUCAUUCUUUACCCUUCAUACAGCCGAGUUAGGGAUAGGUCUACAAAAACACCCAGUGGAAUCAGGUUAUCUGCCUUUGCAUGAGUGCCACUUGCAAAACUUUUCCUGGCUUAGGAUGGGACUGGGAUAAAAUUUAGACACAGUUCACAAAACCUUUGCCUGAUCUUCUAGGUAGUUUUAAAGGUAAAAAUUUACUGUCCUGUGUGCUUGGAUUUUUGCUUCUGUAUAGGUGUAAAAUGACUUUCUCUUUGCUCAAAUAGGUCUUUGCUCAGUUCAACACUUUCCUCCUUAAACCAACAGAUUGGGUGUCUGGUAUCUUCAGUUCCCUAAAAAGCCUGAUCUGCUAUCUGUGGUUGUAAGGUGUCUCAUCAGUCUGGGUGUGAAAAAUCACAAUAUCUGACCUGCUACUCCGGUGAGACUGGUGAUAAAGUUGGACUGAGGAGGUGACAGCACUUGCUCUGCUUCCUGCUGAAGCUGUGCCUUGCUGCAAAAUGUAAGGCUCAUAAAGCCUGCGAGAUUCCUAGGCCUGAGUACUGAGCUCAGGUCAGCUUUAAACUGGGAAACGAUGCCUAAACAACUUAAAGAAAUUCACCAGCUGAGGUAUUACUGACUUCUUAGGAGACUCACUUCCCACAUGUUGGUCUUGAGGGUUUUUCCUUUAAUUCUGACUCUUCUAUGAGCAUCUGUAUGCUAGUCUGACUUUGGCAAGACUGGCACUAAGUGGCCAGCUAAACUUUCCCGAAGUUUUAAUUAAAUUAUGACAAAAUGAAUGUUUUCCGUGGGUCAUAAGCAGAUUGUGUGUAGAUUGCAAAGUCAUAUUAAUGAAUUUGGAUCAUCACCAGCACAAUCUUGGGACUUCUGAUCUGUGUCAUUCCAGCAAUUGGUCUCAAGCAACAGGUUGUAUGUACAUGUAUGUAUAAGCACACACAUGUUUAUACACACGCACAGAGUUUUUCUGGAUCCUAUGUGGAAUUUUGCAUCUGUACUGGGGCACACUUUUAAAAAAAUACUUUUCUUGAAUUUUUUUUGUUUACUAAAUUUUCCAAGUCAGAUUAAGAUAUCAAAAAUAAUGCCAAAGUAAAUUAGAGGUCUUAAUUUAAUUAUGUGCAUAAAUAGGAAGCAAAUUUUUAAAAAAAUCAACACACACCACCCAAAUGUCUCAAGUUUUUGCAUUUUAUUGAGUUUAUUCUCAGUGUUGCUUUGGUAUACAUACAUACAUACAGUGUAGUUAUGAGUCUUUCAAAGAAAUAGUUCUUCUGUCAUCAUAAUGUAUUUGGCUAAGAUCCAUGUACCCAACUUUUUAAAGUGAGGCAAAAAUAAACAAUGACAGCUUUUUGGGAUGUUGCACAAAUAAAAUUUUCUGUUUGCAAAUGAUGAAAAUUUAAGCUACAUUUAAAAUAUGCUUUUGUAUUUUACUCUGGGGGCAUUGAGUAGGAAGGAGGGAAUUCUAAAUCAUCAUUUGAUGUCUUACUGAUUGUUAAUGGUCAAUGAAGCAUGGAUACUCGUGAAUACUUGAAUUGUCAGCCUAGUUAGCAAUGCACCUAUUUCCUUUAUUAUUAGGAAAUCACAAAGCUAUACUUAGAAUGAGAAAUAUCAUUUUGACAAUGGUAACAUCAUCAGAUUACCAUUCUUAAGAUUUUUCAAGAGGUAGUUAUGGAACACAGAGUAAUUGCUCUACAGUUUCAUGUGACAUUAAAACAUCUCUACUGUGCUAUUGCAAUUUCCUUAUUUAUAUACUACCUUAUACAAGUUGAGGUUCAUUAGCUGGAUUUUUUUUAAUACAGCAAAUAUUGCAUCUAAUAAACUGCAUUUUUAAAUAGUGGCAAAGUUCUCCAAAAUUACUGUAUGAUGUAAAUAUUACAUAAAGCAUGACUCUGAAUACAGUGA